CGGGCUGGCAGAGUGGCGGCGGCGGCUCGUGCAGGUCAGAGCGGCGACCCGGAGCGCAGCGAGCAUCGGUUCGUGUGGUCACUGACCUGGAGAUAGCACGACUUGGAGGUUCCUAUGCAGACCAGUGUGUGGACGGCAUGGUGGGCGGCGGCAUGGUGGAGGUGCUCGAGGAGUACUUCGGCAUUGACCUGAUCCACGCUGGCAAUCGCAUAUGGCCUCGGAUUGAUAUGAUCCAAAACUUUUGUUCAUUUGAUGCAAUCUUUAUGACGUCCACUUGUGAGCCAAAAACGGUUGCCAACAACGUCCUUCCUACAAAGAAGAAAAGUCGGUCAAAUUCGGUCUAAAAUUGCAAGAAUCAUAUUGCUCGAGUCUCAACCAAAUUCCCACUCCUGACUUGUCGACAACCACUGGUCCACUAGCAGCACCUCCGACGCGUCAGGUAACCGGUUAGUUAAGCCAAAGCGAUACUACCCCCGACCCCGUGCCCCAAAUUCCGCCCUCGGACGCCGGCGGCCGUGGGCAUCAUGAUGGCCGCGCCGAGCAGCCGCGCGGUGGCCAUCGGCGGCUCGCUGCUCCUGCUCCUCGUCUUCGCGCUCUCCUCCACCGUCAUCUAUCUCACCUCCUCCGGCCCCGCCGCCUCCCCCAGCAGCAUCCUCCUCAACCUCCGCCCCGCCAAGUGCCCGCCGGCCCCGCCGCUCCGCGUCUUCAUGUACGACCUCCCCGCGCGCUUCCACGUCGCCAUGAUGACCACCGCGGCGAACGGCUCCGGGGGCGAGGGUUUCCCCGCGUGGCCGCCGUCCGCGGGCGGGAUCAGGCGCCAGCACAGCGUCGAGUACUGGAUGAUGGCGUCGCUGCAGGGCGGCGGCGGGGAGGGCAAGUUCGGGGCCAGGGAGGCCGUCAGGGUGGCGGAUCCGGAGGCCGCGGAAGCCUUCUUCGUCCCCUUCUUCUCCUCGCUCAGCUUCAACGUGCACGGCCGCAACAUGACCGAUCCCGACACCGAGGCCGACCGCCUCCUUCAGGUGGAACUUAUUGACGUUCUAUGGAAGUCUAAAUAUUGGCAACGAUCUGCGGGCCGUGACCAUGUGAUUCCCAUGCAUCAUCCAAAUGCUUUUAGAUUUCUGCGAGAUAUGGUCAAUGCAUCUGUUCUUAUAGUUGCAGACUUCGGGAGAUACACACAGGAAUUGGCUUCCUUGAGGAAAGAUGUUGUGGCACCAUAUGUGCAUGUUGUAGAUUCCUUCAUUAAUGAUGAUCCACCUGAUCCAUUUGAGGCUCGUCCUACGCUGCUUUUCUUCAGGGGACGAACAGUCAGGAAAGCUGAAGGAAAAAUCCGUGCAAAACUCGCAAAGAUAUUAAAAGACAAAGAUGGUGUGCGCUUCGAGGAUAGUCUUGCCACGGGCGAGGGCAUUAACACAUCUACAGAAGGUAUGCGGUCAUCAAAGUUCUGUCUCCAUCCUGCCGGGGAUACUCCUUCCUCGUGCCGCCUGUUUGAUGCCAUUGUCAGUCAUUGUAUUCCUGUGAUUGUCAGCAGCCGGAUCGAGCUCCCUUUUGAAGAUGAGAUUGAUUACAGCGAGUUCUCUCUCUUCUUCUCAGUUGAAGAAGCUCUAAAGCCUGAUUACUUGCUCGACCAGCUCAGGCAGAUGCCUAAAGAAAAGUGGGUUGAGAUGUGGUCAAAGCUAAAAAAUGUCUCCAGUCACUAUGAGUUCCAGUAUCCCACUAGGAAGGGUGAUGCCGUGAACAUGAUAUGGCGGCAGGUGAGACACAAAAUCCCUGCAGUUAAUCUUGCGAUUCACAGGAAUAGGAGACUAAAAAUUCCAGAUUGGUGGUGACACUGGUGAAAUUGUGUACAUAUUCAUAUAUGGACGGCUAAAAUGGCGGUAUUAUUUGGAUGAAGUCAUGCUGGCUUCCUUGUGCACCAGGACUUCCAUCUUAAGCACCCCUGGGUCUGAAUCCAAGGCGAUUUACUGACGGGGCUAACAUCUUACCCCAUUUUUGUUCUAUUGUAUAACACCAUAACCAUGCCCCUGAUGUUAUGAUAUAGUGGAGGAAACAUAGUAAUGUUAUAGGAUACACACAUUUGUAACAACAGAGUGGAUGUUGCAAACUUGCAAUGUAUUCCCGGUAGAUAUCGUUCCUUCUCUCUGAUUGCUACUUCUUGCAUCUGUGUGUAUCACGUGGUAACAUGGCCAUCUUAUUCUGAUGGGAACUUCCUGUGUGAAA